AUGUUGAGAUAAAUAUACUUAUAUUACUGAAUUAAAAUUAACUAAUUUUAUCUAAUCUCUUAUAUCAGACAGUUGAUAAAUAUAAUUCUGUAAUUUUAUUUAAAAUUUAUGAAAAGAAAGAACAACAAAACAAAACAAUCUCAUUUUAAUCAUUUGUUUUAGCAAUAAAUAAAUAAAAAAUAGUGUAAGUAUUUUUAACUCGAGACUAAUAUUUUUAUAGAACGCUCCUUAUCCUUGCACUAUCAACUCCUCAGUCCUCACUAUCCACGACGGCCUCCCCCUUUUGUCUCUGAUCUUCCACUCUCUGAAUCCAAAAUCGAAAAUGGCAUCAAUUCCUUGCACUAUCCAUAACCAUAUCUCAUUAUCUUCUUCGUGUGCUCGCUCUUCCCAGGUAUUGCGUUCUCCGUUCUUGGCUUUCACAAAGAGAGUCGGGUGGCGGAGAGAUUCACGGUUAAUGAAGAGAGCAGAUUUAGCAGGCGGAGGUGGCGGAGCUCGCGGAGCUCGGUGUUGGUUUAAGUUUGGGAACCGCGGCGUCGACGCCGAGGGCGCUGGGAUCUAUGGAAGCCAAUAUCAGGACGAUUUCGACCGGGAUGAUGUGGAGCAGGUAUUUACGGGAAUAUUUGCAGCGGGGAUUUAUGUCAUUUUCCUCUUCGAAACAGCGGAAAGCACGCGGACCACAGGACAGUGUGAAAUGUCACGAUACGCACUUGCGUGCUGCGAAAUGUUUCCAACCGGGUUCUGCCGCAAUGCCCUCAAACGAUCAUUUAAUAACUUUUUGUAA